GAGAGGAUCAGCAUGUCCGUGCGGGAGGUCCAGGCUGCAGAGAGGGUCUCCACAUCCGCCUACUCAUCACCAGCCCGGAGUUUGGGGGAUCCAGGGAUAACUCCGCUGUCACCCUCACAUGUUCUCGCGAAGGACUCGGGGGGCGGCUCGGCGGAGGAGCAGAACUUCUCGGUGGUCGUGGCCAUUGAUUUUGGCACCACGUCCAGCGGUUACGCCUUCGCCUUCUCCAAAGAGCCGGAAUGCAUCCACAUCAUGAGGAGAUGGGAAGGGGGGGACCCCGGAGUGUCCACCCAGAAGACCCCCACCACCAUGCUCCUCAUGCCCGACAAGAAGUUCCACAGCUUCGGAUUCGCCGCCCGGGACUUUUAUCACGACCUGGAGCCGAACGAGUCCAAACAAUGGCUGUACUUCGAGAAGUUCAAGAUGAAGCUGCACAGCAGCCCGGACCUGACGCUGGAGACGGAUCUGAUGGCGGCUAACGGGAAGAAGGUGAAGGCGCUGGAGGUUUUUGCCUACGCUCUGCAGUACUUCAAGGAGCAGGCGCUAAAGGAGCUGAGUGACCAGGCCGGAGAACCGAUGGACGACAGUGAGGUCAGAUGGGUCAUCACCGUCCCUGCCAUCUGGAAGCAGCCGGCAAAGCAGUUCAUGAGGCAGGCGGCCUACAAGGCCGGCAUGGUGUCUCCUGAGAACCCCGAGCAGCUGAUCAUCGCUCUAGAGCCAGAGGGGGCGUCAAUUUACUGUCGGAAGCUGCGACUUCACCAGAUGAUCGACCUGAGCAACAAAGCCGCAAUCAACGGGAUCAGCCCCACAGAUCCAGCUAAGGAGCACGGUCGUCGAAACCGACAGAGCCGAAUAUUUCUGGUGGAAAAUGUAAUUGGAGAGCUGUGGGCGGAGCUGGAGGAAGGGGAUCGGUACGUGGUGGUGGACUGCGGCGGAGGCACCGUGGACCUGACCGUCCACCAGAUCCGCCUACCGGAGGGACACCUGAAGGAGCUUUACAAGGCGUCAGGGGGACCCUAUGGCUCUCUCGGGGUUGACUUCGAGUUUGAGAAACUUCUUUGUAAAAUAUUCGGAGAUGACUUCAUCGCCCAGUUUAAGCUGAAGCGUCCGGCCGCCUGGGUCGACCUCAUGAUCGCCUUUGAGUCCCGAAAAAGAGCAGCGGCGCCCGACAGGACCAACCCCCUGAACAUCACCCUACCCUUCUCCUUCAUCGACUACUACAAGAAGUUCAGAGGUCACAGUGUGGAGCACGCCCUCCGCAAGAGCAAUGUGGACUUUGUCAAGUGGUCGUCUCAGGGGAUGCUGCGGAUGAAUCCUGACGCAAUGAACGCUCUAUUCAAGCCGACCGUGGACCACAUAAUCCAGCACUUGUCGAGCCUUUUCCAGAAGCCGGAGGUGAGCGGAGUGAAGUUCCUCUUCUUGGUGGGGGGCUUUGCGGAGUCGCCCUUGCUGCAGCAGGCGGUGCAGAGCGCCUUCGGAGACAAGUGUCGCGUCAUCAUCCCCCACGACGUGGGGUUAACCAUCCUUAAAGGGGCGGUGCUCUUCGGCCUGGAUCCGGCUGUCAUUAAGGUCCGCCGCUCCCCCAUGACGUACGGCGUGGGGGUCCUGAACCGCUAUGUAGACGGGAAGCAUCCGGCGGAGAAGCUCCUGGUGAAGGACGGCACGCGGUGGUGCACCGAUGUCUUCGACAAGUUCAUCCUGGUGGACCAGUCGGUGGCUCUGGGCGAGACGGUGAAACGCAGCUACACCCCGUCCAGGCCCUCGCAGCUCCUCAUCAUCAUCAACGUCUACAGCUCCGAGAAGGAGGACGUGGCCUUCAUCAGCGACCCCGGGGUGCGCAAGUGCGGCACGCUGCGGCUGGACCUGACCGGGGCCGAGGGGUCGCCCACCCUGAGCCGCAGGGAGAUCCAGACCAUCCUGCAGUUUGGGGACACUGAGGUCAAGGCCACCGCCACUGACGUUGCCACUGCCAAGAGUGUGAAGGUCAACAUUGAUUUCUUAAAUUAGACUCCGCCCCUCCUCCACCGCUUUCCUGCAACUUCGCUCCGGCACCGGCCUCUGUUCUUAAAGGAGCCCUUCAUUAGCAGCAGCAGCAGCAGCGGUUGUGGUGAAUGACGUGCGGCGGGUCUAGUGUACUGUCCAUCGGACUGCGCCAACGGAA